GGACUGGCUACACAACCACAAGAGAGACAACACACACUGUCUGGCGCCGCGAGUCUGUGGAUGUAUAACCCAGACUGUGAGACCAGGGCACGCCGCAUCCAAGAUCAGAGGACGACACACGGGGAGGUGGCGGCGCUGAGGUGGUAGCAUGGCCCAGUCUACCAAGCAGCCCCAAGGCCGGGAGGCUCUGCUGAAGUCCUACAACAAGCGACUCAAGGAUGAUGUCAAAUCUAUCCUGGACAACUUCAUGGAGAUAGUGAAGCUUGGGAUGGUUGAAGAUGAAACUCAGAUUGCCCGAAUGACACAAGUAGAGGAGAUCAAUUUCCAGAUGCAAGUGCGGUCUGCAAAUAUGGUGAGAGCAGCAGAAUCCUUGAUGAAGCUGGUGGCUGAUGUGAAGCAGUACCUCAUCCUCAAUGACUUCCCCUCUGUCAAUGAGGCCAUUACCCACAACUCCACCAUCUUCAAAACCAAGAGUUUGGAGGCAGACCAGAAGCUCAUGGCCCUCAGAGAUGAUAUGGCAUCAGACCUCUAUGAGCUUGAAGAAGAAUUCUAUUCCUCCAUAUACAAAGAAAAGUGAUGAUGUCACCUGGAAAACUCCACAUAUGAUGAAAGUGAAAUGAGCAGCAACUGGAUCAGUCAAGAAGCAGCUCACCACUGGGCAGGAAGUGGCUAGAGUUUCAUCAUGAAAUUACAAAGCAUAUGAGAUUCAAACUUUGGCAAUCCCACAUAGCAGGAUCCCAUCAAGUACAGUGCCUGACAGAUACAUAAAAAAUAAAAAAGGCACAGCAUGAUAAUAAACAUUCACAUGUUACUUUUAAAUACAACUAUAAAAAAAAAAUAAAAUGCUGGACUUAAGAAUGAAAGACUUAACCAUUAUACAAUAUUACACCCCAACCUGGAUAACAGCCAGGCUGUGUGGGUGUCUGAGCCUCACUGGGCAGCCUGGGAUGCCACUGAGGUGGAGGUACCCAGCUCAUGGAGGGGGGGAGGGGAGGAGAGCCCAGCCUUCAGACAAGCAGAAACAGACAACCCACACCAACUACACCAUCAUAUGCCUAUGAAGGCUAUUUACACAUCUGGCCAAGAAUGCUGGAGCUCUGCAUAUGUACACACACCUGUAUGUGAGACGAAUAAAGGCCAACACCUAAUUCAAUGUACAAAAUUAAUUUUCAAACUGGCAACAUACUGUACAAGCCUCACAACAGAGUGCAGCCUUGAUGUCACCUGUGAAUGCCUGCCCUUCAAGAUAUUUGGGUAUACCUGAAUUAUACAUUUGUGUAGAAAAAAACAGCUUUUCUUAUUGGUAAGCAGCACAGGCUCGGCUUGGCUUGGCUUGGCCACAAAUUGGUUAUAAACAACUAGAUAACUUAUGACUUAGGCGACAUAGCUGUACUCAUCAGUGGAGUUUGGAGUGCGUUCCAAGUACUGCUUGUCAAUGAGUAGCUCUAUACACUUCUUGAUCAUCGGGAUUUGUGGUGCAAACCUUGCCCGGGACUGACUGAUGACCUGGCAGGGGGAAAAUUUUAUUAAUAGAGAUCUUUCUUUUAAAAUGGUACACAUUUUUGACAUAUCUUGAGGAAACUGACUUGUCUCAUACCUUUCAUCUAGAUCUUGAAACACUACUUGCUGUUUGUUGGGGCCUUGACGACAACCCUAAUAUUUACAGUUCUGUUAAUGUAUAGUCCUAUUCUCUCUCUCUCUCUCUCUCUCUCUCUCUCUCUCUCUCUCUCUCUCUCUCUCUCUCUCUCUCUCUCUCUCUCUCUCUCUCUCUCUCUCCCCUUUACACAUAAGUAUUAGUGCAGCACAGACCUAUCUGAAUCUGUAACUUCCAUGACUAUUUAUUGUGAACACCAUGAAUACUAGUAUUCACCAGUUUCAUUAUCUAUCCUGUAUCUCCUUUUAUAUAAAACACAAAGAUAAAAUAUCCAACAACAGCAUAUUUCAUGCUCUUACUUUUUAAAUUAAAUGUUUUCCAUACUGAGCCUGAACUGAAAGAAUUUUAGGCAACAUCUAACUAUUUAUGAGAGAACAGCCUAAAGAACAUAAGAACCAAAGAAAUAAAGGAAGCUGCAAGAAGCUACCAGGCUUACAUGUGGCAGACCCUGUAUGAAAUGUACCUACCUAUUUCCACCUAUCAUUCCCAUCCAUAAACUCAUCUAAACUUCUCUUAAAGCUCCCUAAUGUCUUAGCUCUAACAACAUGAUUACUGAGUCCAUUCCACUCAUCUACCACUCUAUUUGAAAACAAAUUUCCUCCUAUCUCUUUCUUAAACCUAAAUUUUUCAAGCUUGAACCCUUUAUUUCUUGUUCUAACCUGGUUGCUGAUCCUAAGAAUUUUGCUUACAUCCCCCUUGUCAUAACCCUUAUACCACUUAAAGACUUCUAUCAGGUCCCCUCUUAACCUAUGUCUCUCUAAAGAAUGUAAAUUUAACAGCUUCAAUCUCACCUUGUAAGGAAUACUCUUCAUCCCGGGUAUCCUUUUAGUCAUUCUCCUUUGUACUGAUUCUAAUAGACCUAUAUAUUUCCUGUAAUGUGGGGACCAGAACUGAACAACCUAGUCUAGAUGAGGUCUGACCAGCACCAAGUAUAACUUUAAUAUUACUUCAGACCUUUUACUUUUAACACUCCUAAAAAUGAAUCCUAAUAUCCUAUUUGCCCUGCUUCUGGCCUCUAUGCAUUGCUUUCCUAGACAGUUCAGAACUUCCUAUAACUCCUAAAUCUGUUUUGUACCCUGAACCUAGCAGAGUUUCGUUGUUUAUUGUGUACCUACUGUGGGUUUCCUCUACCUACACUAAGUACUUUGCAUUUGUUGAUAUUAAACUGCAUUUGCCA